CCUGUGGGGGAUGGUGCCGGAAUUCAGGGGGAGGAGACAUUUUCCUGUCCUGAGUGCGGAGAAGGUUUUAGAUCUGAUUUAAGUCUUACUGUACAUCAGAGAUCCCACACGGGGGAGAGGCUUCAUUCCUGUUCUGAGUGCGGGAGAAGUUUUCUUCAUAAAUCAAAACUCGUCAUACAUUACAGAUCCCACACGGGUGAGAAGCCUUAUCCCUGUCCCGAGUGUGGGAAAAGUUUCUCACGGAAGUCAUGUCUUUCAAUACACCAGAAAUUGCAUGUAGGAGAGAAGUUGUGGUCAUGCGCCGAGUGUGGAAAAUUCUUUUCACAGAGGACCAACCUCGCGAGACAUCAGAAACUGCACAUAGGGGAGAAGCCUUUCGCCUGCCCCGAGUGCGGGAAAUGUUUCGCACGGAAAUCAGACCUCAUUAUACAUCAGAGAUCUCACACGGGGGAGAGGCCGUAUUCCUGCCCGGAGUGCGGGAAAACGUUUAUAGACAAGGCCAGUCUUAGCAAACAUCGGAGACUACACACGGGCGAGAAGCCGUAUUCCUGCACCGAGUGCGGAAGAAGUUUUUCACGGAAGUUCUGUCUUAUCAAACAUCAUCGAACCCACACAACAUUCGAGGUGUAUUAGUAGAGU